GAGAACAAAGACUCUCCUAAAUCAGAAGAACAAAUGUUCACCAUCAGUGACAUCACAGCAGAAGAUGGAGGGCUUUACAUCUGUGUGGCUCAGAACAAACUGGGCCAGCAGAACUCCACUGUUCAAGUGUCUGUUGGAUCAGGUUCAGUGUUGAUGGUCGUCAUACGCUUGAUCAUUUCUGCUCUCCUGACUCUCAUCGUCUUGGUUGUUUUAUUCCUGAAGAUCUUCAGAAGGAGAUCCUCAGAAGAAUCCUCAGUCAUCAGGAGUCAAGAUGAAGAUGAUCAGAAACUUGAAGGUGGUGGUCCAACAUCCAGACAUCCAGCAGAGGGUGAGACUGAAUUUUAGUUCACCAGUGUGACCUUCACCAAGAGGCAGGAGGAUCCUCUCUACUCCAACAUGGAUCCAGUCAAAGCAAAGAGAAGACGGGACGCUCAUGAAGACAAAGAUCACUUUUGAAGUGAAAUAUUUUUCUAUUUUUACUACUUUUAUAUGUGACUUUUAUUUUGAAAAUUAUCUGGUAAAGCUUCCAGCAGACUAAAAAAACUUUAUUUUGAAAUAGUUCUGCUGCUAACUCAUGAGCAUUAAUUCGAAUCAAUAAUUUUAUAGUCCUUGCUCAGAAGGUUAAUCAUUUACUUUCCAUGAACACUGAGAAGAUGAAGAAUGAAGCAACAAGCUGCCACUUUCAGAAUUAUUUCAUUGAGUUGUGCUUGUCAAUCUUUAUUUUUAAAAAAUCUGUUUUGGGUGUUUGAUGAUGCUGAAAAUUGUAUUACAGAAAAUAAAAUUCUGGAAAUUCCUGACAUGAGCCUAAUCUUUUACGAAGGGAAUUUUGAUUUAUCACAAAUCUAUUGUGUCAAGGAGAUUUACGUGUCAAUGUGCAGAGAUGUGAAUUUUAUAUUUGUUCAACACCAGGGAAACAAAGUUAUGGCAAGCAAAAAGGUUCAAAAUCCCCAGAAAAAGCAGCAUAAAAAACGAUGAAUUGGUCAUCAGAAACAUUUUUUUAACGCGUGUUUUAGUAGUAGUAUGUAAUGUACGCUGCCCUGUCAAGACGUGUCUUCUAUUCAUAGGAUAUAUACAGACACCGCUCCAUGUAGCGAAAACAUUUGGUGGUAGCUCCUCCCACAUGCUGCUGGGACGUCAAAGUGUCAGACAUUUUAUUAUAUUUUAUUGUGGAUUUCAGAGACCUUUUGAGGUGUUUUGAAUUUAGCGCUUAGAUAGAAUAGAAUAGAAUAGAAUAGAAUAGAAUAGAAUAGAAUAGAAUCUUUAUUUAACCCGAAGGAAAUUCAGUAAUGGCAAGCAGCUUACUCGACAACAGUAGAAAUAAAAUAAAAUAAAACUAUAAAACAUUAAAAAAAA